AUGGUCACCUUCUCGAUUCCCGGCGACGACGUCGUCGAGGCCGCUACUAACGGCACUCCGCGGUCUCGACCUCCGCUACCCUUUGCGAAGCGCGCGUAUUCUGUUGCCUCACCCUUUGGGAGCUCGUCAGCGAAGCGUCUAGGCACGCCGCAUGCUUCAUCUGCGAAAAAGCUGUUGACAACGCGCGACGAUGUCCCAGCUAGCAGUCUCAACAAGAGCUCCAUCGCCACGGCACGAAACAUAUUUCGGGCGUCCACAAUCACAGACAGUCCCCCUGCCUCUACGUUUUCCCCGAGCAUCCCCAACAGUACGAUGAAGAAGGUCUUUGCCCCUGGAGCGACACCAGAGCCCUCGCGGAUGUACCGCAACUCUAUCGCGCAGGCCACCCCUCGUGGCAUGGCGGCCAAGACCACAACAAAGGAACUGUUCCCUAUGCGCAUCGCGUCACCACCUUCCGAGCUUACGGGCGAGGUUUUGACGCAAAAGGUUCCCAAGGAAUGGAAUGCCAAGGGCUCCAUCUACGCUGAUCAGUUCCUAGCACACCUCUGCCCCCCCGAGCUUGAUGAAGAACAACGCCGCCAAUUCUUCUGCAUUCUCGACUUGAGGCGGCUGAAAUAUGCUGCUAACGAGAUCUUUUCCAGAAAGGAUUGGAAGCUGAAUGUCAUCAACUUUGCAAAGGAGUUCGAGAAGAGCCGAAGCAUCAUUCUCCUGCGGUACGGCCUGUACGAGUUCCAAAAUGUCAAGCCCUCCAAGGAUGUCCUUAAGAGAUGGCGUCGUGAGCAUGGCUUGCCUGAACCUGAGGAGGAAGAGGAAUCCGAAGCGACCCCUUCGAAGGCAACUGCCUCCAAGAAGCGAAAAGCUACCGAUGACUACUCGGAGACGCCUGCCCUGAAGGGCAAGCGUCGAGCAUUGGAUGACGAGUCUGGGCCGGUGGCUGCUCCUGUUGCAACUACAUCAACUCCCUUCGUGAGCAAGAACAAGAGAAAGGCAUCAGUGAGCGAGGAGCAGCCCACCAAGCUGCAAAAGUCGACGCCGUCCUCUGCCAAGUCGCUUUUCGAAAAGAUUGCCAACAAGCCCAAACCUGCUGGGGAACCUGCUGCUACCGCACCCAAGCCAAGCUCCUUUGGUGCCAACAAGCCUGCUGCCAGCAGCAGCUUGGCUCGCUCUGUCUUCACGAACCUCAAGCCCCCUGGUGGACCAUCUGCACCCGGCGGUGCAGGAGGCAACAUCUUUGGGUACCUAUCGGAUGCCAGCUCCGCUAAGAACAGCGGUGUCGAUGCUGAUGCCGAGAGCGAAUCCGAGUCGGACCAAGACGAUAGCCAAGAGGCUGGCCAGAGUGAUGAGCCCAGUGUUGCCGCAAGUGGUGUUGGAGACACUGGAUCGCAGGUUGGAUCUAGUCUUUUUGGCAAAAAACCUACCUUGACUGCAGGUGGCCUGGGUGCCGGUCUGUCCAGUGCCCCCGACACCCGAGAAAGCACUCCUGGCCGAAGCCUGUUCGAUCGUGUCACCAGGGGCAGCGAUGGCCAACCCGUCCGCAUUGAAGAGAAGAUUGAGGCAUCCGAACCCGAACCCGAGCCCGAGUCAGAGGCAGUAUCGGAGUCCGUCUCUGAAGCUGUGUCGGAGAAACCGGCUGUUGCUGACCAGACCUGGAAUCCUUCAACUACGCCCAUCAAGUUUGCGCCAGCUUCAACUCCUGCCGGCGCUUCGUCCAUGUUUGGCAACUCUGGAGCGGCGUCUGGUAGUUCCAUCUUUGCACCAAAAGGCACCGCCUCGUCCAAUAUCUUUGGUGCAGCAAAACAAGACGCGUCCUCCGCCAAGGAGUCGUCAACUGGAGCCAACACUGAUGCGACUAGUAAGGACGGUGGUGAAUCUGACAAAGAGAACGAGUCACAACCGGCCAAGAAGACCUUCUUCGACACCAAACCUCCUGCGUCGGCACCCUCUCCCUUUGGUACUUCAAUGUUCCAGUCCAAACCGGCCACAACUGAAGCGCCAAAGACUACCGAGGCCCCCAAGCAGGCGUCAAGUCUUUUCGGGGCCAAACCGGACGCCUCCAAGCCUGCUGAGACAACAACCAGCGCAUCCAGCUUGUUUGGGCAGGCUGGCAAGCCAACCGAGUCAGCUCCAUCUCCCAUGUUUGGUGCUAAGCCCAGCGAACCCGCGAAGGCUUCAGCAGGUGAUGCUCCUAAGCCGGCGGCUAGUCUGUUCGGCAACGCUGCUUCGUCUGCAACUGCACCCGCCGCUGGCACUGCUGGAUCCCUCUUUGGCUCUAAACCUGCCAGUACUGCUGGCAGCUUGUUUGGAAGCGGCGCAACGACCCCGACAACACAACCACAGCAGCCUCUGUUUGGAGCUACAUCUGCGCCAACGACUGACUCGACUGCGGCAAAGGCAGAUGCGCCCAAGCCAAUUUUCAACUUUGGUCCGUCGGCCACCGCGUCGAAGCCCAUGUUUGGCGCUCCCAAGUCACCACCAGCUGGCGCUGCGGCGAACAACAUGUUUGGUAGCCCCAUGAAACAGGAUGACCCUUCUCCUGCAAAGAAAAAGGCCUUCAACAGUGGCGGCGCGGAUGGUGACUCUGCUCCUCUCUUCAGCUUCGGCGGCAGCCAGCCAGCGGCUCCCUCGACCGGCCUUUUUGGAGCAUCGUCAGCACCUGCGCAGAAUGGUGGUACCGCUAGCGCUGGCCCUGUUGGCUUCGGUGGUGCAUCGUCAAACACAGCCUCCAGCACGGGCGGCUUCAACUUCAGCUUUGGGGGCGCCAGUACUGGUGGAGCAACGGCACCAAGUGGCGGGUUCAACAACCCCUUCGCUUCUGGCAGUAGCGGUAACAACGCAGCGGGUUCUGCUGCACCCGGUUCUGGGGCUACGUUCUCCUUUGGCGCUGGUUCUGCGCCGUCUGGCACUUCCUCACCUUUCCAGUUUGGCAGUGGUACCGGCAAUGCAUCAACGCCAACCGGUACUGGUGGCUCGCUGUUCGGCGCAAACCAAGGCACAAGCACCAGCAACGCGGCUCCCAUGUUUGGCGGCGCCUCGGGAUCUGGCAGCGCCCCUUCUUUCAAUUUCUCGGCUGGAGGCGCCGCGCCGCAGGGGACUGGUUCCGUGUUUGGUUCCAACCAAGCUGUCCCGGCCUUCAACCUCCAGCCGCCAGCUGGUGGAUCAACAACCACCGGGACCAACUCCCCCUUGAACUUCGGAGGCGGCUCUAGUUUGGCCACGACGCCGGCUGCUGGGACCCCGGAGCCCUCAACUCAAGCAGACACUGCCAAGGACGGCGAGGCGAACAACGAUGACGGCGAGAAGCAUGAGCAGAUUAACUUGGCGGACGGUGUUCAUGACGACGAAGACGUUCUUCACGAAGUUCGAGCAAAGGUUUUGAAGUUUGUUCCGGCAUCGGAGAAGUCAGAUGACGAUAAACCCAAGUCCAAGAGCCCGUGGUCCACCCAAGGAGUAGGACAACUGCGACUGCUGCAGCACAAGGAGACAAAGCUUGUCCGACUACUCUUGCGCGCCGAACCUCGCGGCCAUGUGGCUCUCAACCGUGCCUUGCUACCAAACGUGACGUACAAGCCGGACGAAAAGUAUGUCAAGGUGCCGACAUCGAACGAAAAGGGGGAUGGGUUGGAGACGUGGAUGAUUCAAGUCAAAACCAAGGACCUUGCCAAGGAAUUGACAGAGGCCUUGGAGAAGAACAAAGUGGCGAAUAAGAAGUAA